AUGUCAGUCCAUCAAUCUAACCUACAACAAUCAGCUAUUCUUCUUCUGAAUCGACUGAAAAUCGACCGAGAAAUCGCUGCGUUCUUUGCUUCGGACUACGAAACUUUGGACUGUCUGGAACACUGGUCCAGAUCAAAUUCACCCAUUGCUGAGCCAGCUCAACGUCUUCUGAAGCAAGUUAAGAAGAUGAAGUAUGAGAACUUGUACGAUCCAUUUGAUAGAAUGAAAUUAUCGAUCAGAAGCCGGUCGAUUUCUCCAUUCGAAAAGAAUUUCCAGGAUUCUGGAUUUGAUGAAAAUACUGUAACAUCGCCGAAUUACUCGGAGAACAGCCCUAACUAUCGAUAUGGUAUGGAAUAUAUGGAGGGUGGAAUGGUUGGCUAUGGGCAGAAGUACAGUCCAGGCACUCCGGGCAGCACUUUUGUUAAUAUGGUAAGGUUUUUGUAGAGUUGAGUAUUGUUUAGCAGGGUAGGGCGUUAUAUAGUAGGAUUGGAGUAAGUGAGGGCAGGGUAAGGUAGGGUGGGGUAAUGUAGGAUAGGGCGGUUUAGGGUAUGGUAUGGUAGGGUAUUAUGUGGCAGGGUAGAACAUGGUAUAAUAGGCUAGGGAAUGGUAGGGUAUGCUAAGAUAGGGAAUGGUCGAAUAAGAUAAUGUAAUCUUUUGAAGAUUUUAGUACCAUAACGGUCAAAAAGUACAUAGACCUUACUGUUAAUGAUUAACUAUCUUUAGGCCCAACCUUACAGUAUUCCUAAAAUGGACGACUAUCCUUUGGCCAGUGUUUUCUGUUCAAACUCGGAUGGACAAUCUGAUGAAAUGGCUCAUGUCUCAUUCACUUAUCAUGGUGAAAUGAGCCAGAAGAACUCGCCACUUUUAAUGCAAUUUAGUGAUUAA